AUGUUUUUAGUGGCCCUGUCAUUCAGCUUUAUGUGUAAGGCACUAGGUGGAAUCGUUAUGAAAAGUUCCAUCACUCAAAUUGAAAGGAGAUUUGACAUAUCAUCUUCAGUUGUUGGCUUAAUUGAUGGAAGCUUUGAAAUCGGAAAUUUGCUUGUGAUUGUAUUUGUGAGUUACUUUGGAUCCAAACUACACAGACCAAAGAUAAUUGGAAUUGGUUGCUUCAUUAUGGGAACUGGAAGUAUUUUGACUGCUUUACCACAUUUCUUUAUGGGAUAUUACAGGUAUUCUAAAGAAACUCUUAUUCAUCCAUCAGAAAAUUUAACAUCAAGCUUAUCAAGUUGUUCAUUUGAUCAGAAUUUGUUACUCAAUAGAACAUCACCUGAGGUAGCAGAAAAAGGUUGUGAAAAGGAAUCUGGGUCAUAUAUAUGGAUAUAUGUACUCCUGGGUAAUAUGCUCCGUGGAAUUGGGGAAACCCCCAUAGCACCCUUGGGGAUUUCUUACAUUGAUGAUUUUGCUGAAGAAGGACAUUCUUCUUUUUAUUUAGGUACCUUGCAUGCGCUAUCAAUGGUUGGUCCAAUCAUUGGUUUUAUACAGGGAUCUCUGUUUGCUAAAAUGUAUGUGGAUAUUGGAUAUGUAGAUCUCAGCAAUAUCAGAAUAACUCCUAAGGACUCUCGUUGGGUUGGUGCUUGGUGGCUUGGUUUCCUUGUGGCUGGAACAUUAUCUAUUAUGUCUUCUAUACCAUUCUUCUUCCUGCCCAAAAAUCUGGAUAAAUCACAGAAAGAAACAUCUUUGGACUUGCUCAAAACAAAUGAAGAAAGGACUCAAAUGGCUAACGUGACCAAUCAUGGGCAGAAUGUUAGUGAAAAUAUUACUGGUUUUUUCCAGUCCUUGAAAAGCAUCCUUACCAACCCUCUGUAUGUUAUAGUACAGUUUUUGUCAUUACUGCUAGCCAGUAGCCAUAUUGGUGCUAUUACUUAUGUCUUCAAAUAUAUAGAGCAACAGUAUGGUCAGUCAGCAUCUGAGGCUAACAUUUUACUUGGAACCAUAACCUUACCAACUGUUGCAACUGGAAUAUUUAUAGGAGGAUAUAUUAUUAAAAAAUUCAAACUUACCUUGCUUGGAAUUGCCAAAUUUUCAUUUUGUACCAGUGUAUUGGCUUUCACAUUUCAACUAUUAAAUUUUGCAUUAAUUUGUGAAAACAGAUCAGUUGCUGGCCUAACUUUGACCUAUGAUGGAAAUAAUCCAGUGGCAUCUCAUACAAAUGUACCACUUUCUAAUUGCAACUCAGACUGCAAUUGUGAUGAAAGUCACUGGGAACCAGUCUGUGGAGACAAUGGAAUAACUUACAUGUCACCUUGUCUAGCAGGAUGCAAAUCUUCAAGUGGCUAUAAAAAUUCUAUGGUGUUUUAUAACUGUAGUUGUGUGGAAGUAACUGGUGUUCAGAACAAAAAUAAUUCAGUGACUUUGGGUGAAUGCCCAAGAGACAGUCAAUGUACAAAAAAAUUUUAUAUCUAUUUAUUGGUGCAAGUCGUGAAUUAUUUUUUCUCUUCAUUGGGAAGCACCCCUACUAUCAUGCUGAUUUUUAAAACUGUUCAACCUGAACUGAAAUCCCUUGCAGUGGGUUUCCAUUCACUAAUUAUACGAGCAUUAGGAGGAAUUCCAGCUCCUAUAUAUUUUGGGGCUCUGAUUGAUAGAGCAUGUAUGAAGUGGUCAACCAGCAGCUGUGGGAAGCGAGGGUCUUGCAGGAUAUAUGAUUCCACAUUAUAUGGAAAUACCUUCAUGGGCUUGAUGGAGAGCUUAAGAUUCUUAGCACUUAUUUUAUUUGCUGUAUUAAUUUCCACUAUGAAGAAAAUAUAUCAAGGAAAAGAUACCAAGGCAUCAGAAAAUGGAAGAAAAGAUACAAAUGAAGUAAACUUAGAAUCCUUAAAUAAUGAUGGAUAUUUUGUACCUUCUUCCAGAGCAGACAAUGAAACACAUAUGUAA